CCGGUCUGGGGCCUGCGGCGGCGGCGGCGGCGGUGGCGGCGGCGGCGGCGGCGGCGGCGGUAGCGGGUCGGUGUAGAAAAUGGCGCUGGUGCAGCGGCUCGGGCCUCUCCCCGCGGCGCUACGGAGGGCUUGAGGCUCGCGAGCCUCACUCGCCGCGCCCCACUUGCUCGUGCACUUUACACACAUGAGAGAAUUGGAAGCUAAAGCUACCAAAGACGUAGAAAGGAAUCUUAGCAGGGAUUUAGUGCAAGAAGAAGAACAGUUGAUGGAAGAAAAGAAAAAGAAAAAAGACGACAAGAAAAAGAAGGAAGCUGCUCAAAAGAAGGCCACUGAACAAAAAAUCAAAGUGCCAGAACAGAUAAAGCCCAGUGUAAGCCAGCCUCAGCCUGCCAACUCUAAUAACGGCACUUCCACAGCAACCAGCACUAAUAAUAAUGCCAAGCGAGCCACAGCCAGCAAUCAGCAGCAGCAGCAGCAGCAGCCGCAACCGCAGCAGCAGCAACCGCAGCAGCCACAGCAGCCGCAGCCGCCACCACAGGCCUUGCCUCGGUAUCCCCGGGAAGUACCACCUCGAUUUCGCCACCAGGAACAUAAGCAGCUUCUAAAGAGGGGUCAGCAUUUUCCCGUCAUAGCAGCAAACCUGGGAUCUGCUGUUAAAGUGUUAAGCAGCCAGUCAGAAAGCAGUGCUUUAACAAAUCAACAGCCACAAAAUAACGGAGAGGUGCAGAUCAGCAAAAACCAGUCAGAUAUAAACCACAAUACUUCAGGAUCCCAUUAUGAAAAUUCAGAGCGGGGACCUGUGUCGUCUACAAGUGACUCUAGUACAAACUGUAAGAAUGCUGUUGUGAACGACUCCCCUGAAAAAGAAGCAUGGCCCUCAGCCCCUGGCAGUGAUCCGGAGUUGGUUUCAGAAUGUAUGGAUGCUGAUUCUGCCUCCAGUUCUGAAUCAGAGCGACCCAUCACUAUCAUGGCUUCAGGGAGCACAGGUGGUGAAAAUGAUGGCCUUCGGAAUAGCGCUGGACUUGGAUCCCAGAACAAGUUUGUGGUUGGUAGCAGCAGCAAUAAUGUGGGCCACGGAAAUAGCACUGGGCCGUGGGGCUUUUCCCAUGGAGCCAUAAUAAGCACAUGUCCGGCCUCUGUGGAUGCUCCUGAAAGCAAAUCGGAAAGUAGCAACAGCAGAAUGAAUGCUUGGGGCACUGUAAGUUCUCCAUCAAAUGGAGGGUUAAAUCCAAGCACUUUGAAUUCAGCUAGCAACCAUGGUGCCUGGCCAGUAUUGGAGAACAACGGACUUGCCCUAAAAGGGCCUGUAGGGAGUGGCAGUUCUGGCAUCAAUAUUCAGUGCAGUCCCUUAGGCCAGAUGCCUAACAAUCAGAGUAUUAACUCUAAAGUGGGUGGUGCUUCCACCCAUGGUACCUGGGGAAGCCUUCAGGAAACUUGUGAAUCUGAAGUAAGUGGUACACAGAAGGUUUCAUUCAGUGGUCAACCUCAAAAUAUUACCACUGAAAUGACUGGACCAAAUAACACUACUAACUUUAUGACCUCUAGUUUACCAAACUCCGGUUCAGUACAGAAUAAUGAACUGCCUAGUAAUACAGGGGCCUGGCGUGUGAGCACAAUGAAUCAUCCUCAGAUACAGGCUCCCUCGGUUGUAAACGGCACUUCCCUUUCUCACCUUAGCAAUGGAGAGUCAAAAAGUGGAGGCUCUUACGGUACUACAUGGGGUGCCUAUGGUUCUAAUUACUCUGGAGACAAAUGUUCAAGCCCUAAUGGCCAAGCUAAUGGUGACACUGUGAAUGCAACUCUAAUGCAGCCUGGCAUAAACGGGCCUGUGGGCACUAACUUUCAAGUUAACACAAAUAAAGGAGGCGGCGUGUGGGAGUCCGGAGCAGUGAAUUCCCAGAGUGCAUCCUGGGGAAAUGGUGCAAAUUCUGGAGGAAGUCGAAGAGGAUGGGGAGCUCCUGCACAGAACACUGGCACUAAUAUACCCAGCGUGGAAUGGAACAAACUGCCUAGCAAUCAGCAUUCCAGUGACAGUGCGGAUGGCAACGGUAAGAAGUUUACAAACGGAUGGAAGUCUACUGAGGAAGAGGAUCAGGGUUCUGCCGCAUCUCAGACGAAUGAGCAAAACAGCGUGUGGGCCAAAACGGGAGGUACAGUGGAGAGUGAAGGUAGUACAGAAAGCACUGGACGCCUCGAGGAGAAGGUGACUGGGGAAAAUCAGAGCAGAGAGAGAAGAAAAGUGGACCAGCACACGUUACUCCAAAGCAUUGUGAACAGAACUGACUUAGACCCCCGUGUCCUGUCCAACUCUGGCUGGGGACAGACUCCUAUUAAGCAGAAUACUGCCUGGGAUACUGAAACAUCACCUAGAGGGGAGAGAAAGACUGACAAUGGGACAGAGGCCUGGGGAAGCUCUGCAACACAGACUUUUAACUCAGGGGCAUGUGUAGAUAAGACUAGCCCUAGUAGUAAUGAUACCUCAUCUGUAUCGGGGUGGGGAGAUCCCAAACCUGCUCUGAGGUGGGGAGAUUCCAAAGGCUCAAGCUGCCAGGGGGGAUGGGAAGAUGACUCUGCUGCUACAGGAAUGGUCAAGAGCAAUCAGUGGGGGAACUGCAAAGAAGAGAAGUCCGCAUGGAAUGAUUCGCAAAAGAACAAACAGGGAUGGGGUGAUGGACAAAAGUCAAACCAAGGGUGGUCCGUCUCUGCCAGUGAUAACUGGGGAGAAACUUCAAGGAGUAACCAUUGGGGAGAGGCUAACAAGAAGUCUAGCUCAGGAGGUAGUGACAGUGAUAGGUCUGUUUCUGGUUGGAAUGAACUCGGUAAAACCAGUUCUUUUACAUGGGGAAAUAACAUUAAUCCAAAUAAUUCAUCAGGCUGGGACGAAUCUUCUAAACCGAAUCCUUCCCAGGGAUGGGGAGACCCUCCAAAGUCUAAUCAGUCUCUAGGUUGGGGAGAUUCAUCAAAGCCGGUCAGUUCUCCAGACUGGAACAAGCAACAAGACAUUGUCGGAUCUUGGGGCAUCCCGCCGGCGACAGGCAAACCUCCUGGUACAGGCUGGCUGGGAGGACCUAUGCCAGCCCCAGCGAAAGAGGAAGAACCCACGGGCUGGGAGGAGCCAUCCCCAGAAUCCAUACGUCGCAAAAUGGAGAUUGACGAUGGGACUUCAGCUUGGGGAGAUCCCAGCAAAUAUAACUACAAAAAUGUGAACAUGUGGAACAAAAACGUCCCAAAUGGCAGCAGCCGCUCAGACCAGCAAGCACAGGUACACCAGUUGCUACCGUCUGCAGGUACCAUCUCAAACAAAGAGGCAAGCGGUGGCUCCGGCUGGGGUGAGCCCUGGGGGGAGACUUCAACUCCAGCCACAACUGUGGAUAAUGGUACUUCAGCCUGGGGUAAACCCGUAGACAGUGGGCCUAGCUGGGGCGAACCCAUUGCUGCGGCAUCCAGCACAUCCACGUGGGGCUCCAGCUCUGUUGGUCCACAAACAUUAAGCAAAUCUGGGCCAAAAUCUAUGCAAGACGGCUGGUGUGGUGAUGAUAUGCCCUUGCCUGGAAAUCGCCCCACUGGCUGGGAAGAGGAAGAAGAUGUAGAGAUUGGAAUGUGGAAUAGUAAUUCAUCUCAAGAGCUUAAUUCAUCUUUAAAUUGGCCACCAUAUACAAAGAAAAUGUCUUCGAAGGGUCUGAGUGGCAAAAAAAGGAGAAGGGAAAGGGGAAUGAUGAAAGGUGGAAACAAACAAGAAGAAGCAUGGAUAAAUCCAUUUGUUAAACAGUUUUCAAAUAUCAGUUUUUCGAGAGACUCGCCAGAAGAAAAUGUACAGAGCAAUAAGAUGGACCUUUCUGGAGGAAUGUUACAAGACAAACGAAUGGAGAUAGAGAAACAUAGCCUAAAUAUUGGUGAUUACAAUCGAACGGUCGGGAAAGGCCCUGGUUCUCGGCCUCAGAUUUCCAAAGAGUCUUCCAUGGAGCGCAGUCCUUAUUUUGAUAAGGAUGGCAUUGUAGCAGAUGAAUCCCAAAACAUGCAGUUUAUGUCCAGUCAAAGCAUGAAGCUUCCCCCUUCAAAUAGUGCACUACCUAACCAGGCCCUGGGCUCCAUAGCAGGGCUGGGUAUGCAAAACUUGAAUUCUGUUAGACAGAAUGGCAAUCCCAGUAUGUUCGGUGUUGGAAACACAGCAGCACAACCCCGGGGCAUGCAGCAGCCUCCAGCACAACCUCUCAGUUCAUCUCAGCCUAGUCUCCGUGCUCAAGUGCCUCCUCCAUUACUCUCCCCUCAGGUUCCAGUUUCAUUGCUGAAGUAUGCACCAAACAACGGUGGCCUGAAUCCGCUCUUUGGCCCUCAGCAGGUAGCCAUGCUGAACCAGCUAUCCCAACUAAACCAGCUUUCUCAGAUCUCCCAGUUACAGCGAUUGUUAGCGCAGCAGCAAAGGGCGCAGAGUCAGAGAAGCGUGCCUUCUGGGAACCGGCAGCAGCAAGACCAGCAGGGUCGACCUCUUAGUGUGCAGCAGCAGAUGAUGCAACAAUCUCGUCAGCUUGAUCCAAACCUGUUGGUGAAGCAGCAAACUCCGCCGUCUCAGCAGCAGUCACUCCAUCAGCCAGCCAUGAAGUCUUUCCUUGAAAAUGUCAUGCCCCACCCUACACCUGAGCUGCAAAAAGGGCCGUCACCAAUAAAUGCUUUCAGCAACUUCCCUAUAGGCUUGAACUCAAACUUGAAUGUAAAUAUGGAUAUGAACAGUAUUAAAGAGCCACAGUCAAGACUGAGGAAGUGGACUACAGUGGACAGCAUUUCUGUGAACACAUCUUUGGAUCAAAACUCCAGCAAACAUGGUGCUAUUUCAAGUGGUUUCAGGCUGGAAGAGUCUCCAUUUGUUCCCUAUGACUUUAUGAACAGCAGUACUUCACCAGCCAGUCCUCCAGGUUCAAUAGGAGAUGGCUGGCCACGUGCCAAAUCGCCUAACGGCUCUAGCAGUGUUAAUUGGCCACCAGAAUUUCGCCCUGGUGAACCAUGGAAAGGUUAUCCAAACAUUGACCCUGAAACUGACCCUUACGUCACUCCUGGCAGUGUCAUAAACAAUCUUUCAAUUAAUACUGUGCGGGAAGUUGACCACCUCAGGGACAGGAACAGUGGGUCAUCCUCAUCCUUGAACACCACGCUGCCUUCAACUAGUGCCUGGUCAUCCAUUCGUGCCUCCAACUACAACGUUCCCCUCAGCAGUACAGCACAAAGCACUUCAGCCAGAAAUAGUGAUUCCAAAUUGACAUGGUCCCCUGGUUCAGUUACAAACACCUCUCUGGCUCAUGAGCUGUGGAAGGUCCCUCUGCCACCUAAAAACAUCACUGCUCCGUCCCGCCCACCUCCGGGACUGACUGGUCAGAAGCCACCCUUGUCUUCGUGGGAUAAUUCUCCCCUUCGAGUAGGUGGAGGAUGGGGAAAUUCUGACGCCAGGUAUACCCCAGGUUCCAGCUGGGGUGAGAGCAGCUCAGGGAGAAUAACAAAUUGGCUUGUUCUAAAAAACCUUACACCUCAGAUUGAUGGCUCAACUCUGCGUACUCUGUGCAUGCAGCAUGGCCCACUGAUAACAUUCCACCUGAACCUCCCACAUGGAAACGCUUUGGUCCGUUACAGUUCAAAAGAAGAGGUAGUGAAGGCACAAAAGUCUCUGCACAUGUGUGUACUGGGGAACACUACUAUUCUUGCUGAGUUUGCCAGUGAAGAGGAGAUCAGUCGUUUCUUUGCACAAAGUCAGUCUCUGACCCCUUCUCCCAGCUGGCAGUCUCUCGGGUCCAGCCAGAGCCGGCUGGGCUCCCUCGACUGUUCCCACUCAUUCUCCAGCCGGACCGAUCUCAAUCACUGGAAUGGUGCUGGGCUGUCGGGAACUAACUGUGGAGACCUUCAUGGCACUUCCCUCUGGGGGCCCCCACAUUAUUCCACAAGCCUGUGGGGUCCUCCCGGCAGCAGCGACCCCCGGGGAAUUAGCAGCCCAUCCCCCAUUAGUGCUUUUCUUUCUGCUGACCACCUGGGUGGGGGUGGAGAGUCCCUGUAGCAGUGUAGACUAGACUCGCGAACUGCGACCUCAAGCCGCGAGCGAAAGGAGCACCAAGCUGGGCUCGCCGCCUGCAGCCAGGGGCCACCUGUGGGAACAGCUAUUCUCUGCACAUUCUCCACUUUGUUUUCCCUGAAACAUAUCAGUUUGAAUACUUGAAUCAUGCAGGCCAAUAUUAUAAUGUGAAAAGGUAUCUAUCUAUUUACACUCCCAAAUAGCGCCAUACAUGCUAAACCGUAUAGAAUGAGCUCACUUGUGUAUACUCAUCAUGUUUAGCCUUUGAGUUCUCUUUUUUCCCCCCGUUCCUACCCCUCCCCCCAUUCAUUCUUUUUCUCUUCUUUUUGCAAACAAGUUUUUUGGGCUGAUAAUGUAUGAGCUUUUAACUUUGCACUGAAGGGUGUUCUCUCCGUCUACUCGGCAAUAUGGGGAGGGCAGCUGUUCCAGUGUAAAUGUUUACUCAAGGAUGUUCUUAAGGUGUGCGCUCUCUACUAUGCCUUGAUGUUUGCCUACCUUAUUGUGGUAUCGUGGAGUUUAAAAGAUCAAGUUAUGAUACUGACUUAGGACUAUAAAUGAAAGUAUUGCACCAGUUUUUUCAUGUUAUAAAACUAAAGAAUUUCACUCUGCAGUUUGAAAAACUGUGGCCACAGCUGUGACUUGCAGCCCACCUGCCACCCAGGACGGGCCCUGCACUUUGAAUAGGCUUUCCAUUUUGUUUUGAAGGUUCCCACGUUGAGCCUUCUUGUUUACAGAUUUUUUUGUUUGUUUUUUGAGAAAAAAAAAAAUGUUUACUCUUCCAUCAUUUAAAAAAAAAUUAAAAGACAAAAAAAAAAAUGGAGGAUGAUUUAAAAGAUGCUUUCUAUCUCUGGGAAAAAGGAGCAGCAUUUGGCCAUGUUCUUUUGUUUUUCUAUUCUGUCCUAAAUCAAAGAGCAUGGUUCUCAGGAAAACCAGUUCCCCAGUUUAAAAAAACAAAAAAAUAAAAAAAAAAAAACUCCUUGUAGUUUCUUAUAGGAAAAAAGAAAAACCCCAACUUUUAGCACUGAUACUACAUAUUGCUCUGUUUAAGAAUUUUCUCUGCCAAAAAAAAAAGAAAAAAAAAAAAAAAACAAAAAAAUGCUUAAAGCUGGAGUUUGAGAUUCUGCUUUCAGAUGCUGUCUUUUUAUUAGUGAGUGAUGAUGGUUUGCUAAUAAUCAAUAGGUAAUAAUUUUUUGUAAUCCCAUCAAGUGGCUCUCUGUUUCCGCUCUCUCGUGACUGUGUUAAUGUUUAACUGUUGUACCUUAAAGCCGAAAUCAGUAACUAUGCAUACUGUAACCAAGAUAUUGGGCUUACAGAAUUGUUCGUUGUAUAAAGAAAAUUUUAAAUGUUGUUGCAAACUAACGAGUUAUACACCAUUUUUAAAAUUUCUUUCUCCCCACCCCCCCUUUUUUUGCCCACAAAUGGUAUUAUAAUGCUUGCUUAGUCAAAGAAGAGAGACUAAACAAGGGUAAAAAUUUUAACAGUACAGAAUUUGCCAUCAUUUCAUUGCCUUGAUUCUAACUGUUUGUGUCCUAAGAUGCAAAAGAAGUCAGUGGCUUUUAACUGUUUACAAAUAGAAUGUGAUUGUAAAAUGUACAGUCUGGUUGUGUUUGAAUUAUGAACUUUCUUCAGAUAUAAUAAACCAUGACUUUUUGGCUGCUCAGCAUUAACUGUCUCUUUUUUGUGAAUUUAUUUGUACGCUCUUUUUUAUAACGAAAGUUUCAAAGUUGCUAUGUAUGAGGGUUCUCAUAGAGCAACCGAGUUAAAAAAAAAAUCUAAGCAAAUAUUUGAACAUUUUAUCCGAACUUAUUCACACUUUCACCCUGAAAUAAUGUGAGAACAAUGGGAAACUGUUGCUUGCUCCUUCCUACCCUCUCUGAGCAUCUUUGGGAUCUUGUUGCUCAAACUCUCCUGUGACUUCAUCUUCCCCACCAUUUGUGCCCAUCUCAAGCCUCAGCAAGAGACCAUUUGGAACAUGAAGCUUAAUGACUUGACAUUGUUCUUAGUGUUAACUCUCAUACCUCUGUUACAAAAUGAGAAAUGCCACAGCCUGGACUGGCCUUUUUCUUCCCCCUUCACGGCCCUCGCUCCUCACCGCAGGAGCUGCGGGGGCAGAACCUGUGUAUGUAUUUCAGCGUAUGACUUCAGAUCAUGCUCCAACUUGCCAGGUGUAAGCUAAUGUUGUUGGACACCUUAAUAUAAGCAAAUGUUGUUCAAUGCAUUCAAUGUAUAUUGACUUCCAUACUGGUUUUUCCAAAAACCAAAGGUAGCUUUGAAAAACCACGUCUGGAAAUGUUUGGAACGUUAAGCUGAUUGACCUUUUGGGGCUUUGAGUAGUAUAUAAUUGACUUCAUAACUGCGUUAAUUGUAUUGUUAAAGUGUUUGGGAGUUUUUUGCGCUUGUUAUGUGGAAAUAAAGUGUUUGAUUUAAAAAAUUAA